CAUUCAGGGCAGGCGCGGGCCACUCUGGUCAAUCCAGCCACACCGCCCCGCUGCCCUUGUGGCUGGGCGUUCCGUCAUCUAUUCCCGUCUGCCUUCGACUUCUCAAACCCUUUGGAUCUUCCGUCUUUUUUACUUGUCUCGGUGAUCCUGGGAUAUCUGACUUGUCUUAUCUUUGUGUCCUAUUCCACUUUCAUCCGCCUUUCAUCAUGGCUUCCAGGCAACCAGCAGGAGCCCGCCCGGGCGCAAGAUUCGCUCAGUUCAAGCUAGUGCUUCUCGGAGAGUCUGCCGUCGGAAAGGACCAAUUCGAUGAUUACCGCGAGUCGACAAUCGGUGCCGCUUUCCUUACACAGACUAUCUCCCUCGAUGAAUCCACCACGGUCAAAUUUGAGAUUUGGGAUACCGCCGGUCAGGAGCGCUAUAAGUCAUUGGCCCCCAUGUACUACCGAAACGCCAACUGCGCCGUGGUUGUCUAUGACAUCACCCAAGCGUCAUCGCUUGACAAAGCUAAGUCAUGGGUGAAGGAACUUCAACGUCAGGCGAAUGAGAACAUCGUGAUCGCCCUGGCAGGCAACAAGCUUGAUCUGGUUACAGAGAGCCCUGAUAAGCGGGCCAUUCCAGAGGCUGAUGCCGAGGCUUAUGCUCGUGAAGCAGGUCUACUUUUCUUCGAAACCUCCGCCAAGUCCUCAACGAAUGUAAAGGAGUUGUUCACCGCCAUCGCAAAGAAGCUGCCCCUGGAGCAAGCUGGCACUCGGAACAUGCGGACAGCCCCUCGCCCUGGUGUUGACUUGCGCCCUGAGGCCCCUGGCACCCAAGGCGCCGGCGCCUGCAACUGCUAA